CGGUGUAUCUUAACUGUGGUAAGAAUUGAGCUUCCGGGGUGUGUUCAGCGUGAGCCAAAGAUUGUCAACGAGCAUACAAAGUGCCAUAAGUUACUAAACAUAUUUAGUGAUGGCAAAGAACACAGGAGCUAGUAAAUUUAGAAAGGUGGACGUAGACCAAUAUGACGAAGAAAGAUUUCAAGACGAUGAUACAGCCACAGAUACUGGAGAUCAAGGACCAAACGACACGGAAGUUAGCAACUUGUUAGCUCAAGGUAAACACCAGGAAGCCUUGUUACUUGUGUUGAACAGUGCUCCACUGGGUUCCAAAAGUCAAGCACUGAAGGAUCGAGCAGCAAACACAGUACUGCGGGUGUUGACAUCAUUCAAGUCUGCAGACGUGGAACGGGCCGUGAAGUCGUUGGAUAGCAAGAAUAUUGACACUCUAAUGAAAUAUAUUUACCGGGGAUUCGAGUCACCUUCUGAUGGUAGCAGUGCAGUAUUGCUGACCUGGCAUGAAAAGGUAUUUGCUGUUGGGGGACUUGGCAGCAUAGUGCGAGUGUUGACAGAUCGGAAAAGAGUAUGACAUUCUGGCAUUUAAACAGCCGAAGGAUUAAAACUGCAAUUCUUUGCCACUUUAAAAAAAGCCUCUGACGAUUCUGAAUGCUUAGUAAGUGCUGUGCAUUGAAAACUCUGGCAGGAACCAAGUCAAGAGGCAAAUGCCAUGUCUACGUUAUUCCUACAUUUUUAUCAAGACAAGUUUGUCUCCCUUUGCCUCCAUCUUAUUCACAAAAAUAAUGGAAAAUUUUUUUUGCAGCAGAUGACUAUUGAAGGAUAUGUUUCUGUGAUUGCCACUUUCAUCUGUAUGUCCUUUACUUAUUAGUGGAAAGUGUGUUCUCUAUUACCAGGAUUUUUGAUUACACUUUGUUUUAAAAUAAAGAUAGCGAAACAUGAGUAUUUCACCAGUCAACAGCAGUAAUUUAUUAAUUUUUUUAAUGGAUAAAUCUGUCAGAUCAUUGUUAUCCCUAUUUAUAUGAAGUAGACUGGUAAAAAUGAGUGGCAUUUUAAUUAGUAAGGCUAUAGCAUAUUUGUCAAGACCAUCAAGAAAUGACUCCUAUAUUAGAUUAUAUGUAAAGCAUAGCAACUAUGGAGUCAACAAUUAUCAAUGAAAGAAAUAUUUAUAUAACUGCUGUUAAUGUCAUCUUUGACUUGGCAUUGUUGUGUAAAUAUGUUGCAGCAUGUAGUCAUAUACCGUAAUAUUGCAUUAAGGCUUUAAAAUGCAGUGCCAACUUUUAGAAUCUACAAAACUUGUACAAGACUGGUUACCUUUGUGACUAUUAGACACUAAUAUUUGCAAUUCUGUAUGUUCAUCUAUAUGAGCUCAUUAGCUUUGCACCACCAUCUAAUUCUGCAUAUUGGGAUGAUCUGUUUUCAAAACUUAACAACUGAAAGUUUGAAGUGUCUGGAAUGAGCCUGCAAGAGUAUUCACUGGGUAAAAGCUCAUAUUCACUUGUUUAAUGUAUUGCUUUUAAUUUCAUAUACAUUUCAUCUCAAAUGGGAUGCUUAUGGAGUUUCUGUAUUCUGUUAUGCCAUGCUCAUGCUAGGGAAAUAAAAUUUAAAAUCCUCUAAAGUUUUAA